GGUUAGGUCCAUUUCAAGGUGUUGAUAAACAUGUUGGUCCAGAAUUAUUUUAUUCCAUAAGUUUUUCAAUUAUUUACAUUUUUCAUAUCUUUCACAAAAUGCGUGUGCAUAAUUUGAAGUUUCUUUAAGUCCAUGUCAAGUGCCUUUUUCCUUGCUUAGGAUCUCAUUUUCCUGCUCACAAGUAGUCAUCAAUAAGUAUGUCGGAUUCAUCCAGAGCGAAGAAACAGAUCAUAAGUGCCUUUCAACUAGAAGGUUUCUCAUUGAAAGGGGAAGCCUGUGAUUAUCUAGCAAACCAACUCUCGGCUGUGGGUUAUGAAGAUAGGAAUGAAUGGAUAGAAAAGCUUAUCGAGUGUCUGCAGAAACAGAACAUAGAAUCUUUAAUUCUGAAUAAAGAACAAGUUGAAACAGCAUUUGUGGAAAGCUUUAAAGUUGGCGAAGAGAGCAAAGAAAUAGAGUUAAAUGUGAUUUCCGUUUUUGACAUUCCUCACUUUUACUUCGAUAUUGAUGAAAAAAAAUUCUUCCAAAAACCAGCAUCGAAGUUCAAACCCCUUCUAUGUGGAUCAGCAGCUUCGAAAGCCAAUUUAUUUCGCGAAAGAUAUUUUAUUUUAAAGCAACUCGUAGAGCGCAAUGAACUUUUUGCUCCAUCUUUACCUGGGACUAAUGAAGGUACGAGGACUAAACUAAAAACAGUAGACUAUUUCCUAAGCACUACCAAGAAGAUUGAUGAUUGUGUGAUUUUGGGACUUUUGACCCAGCUCAAAGAAAGGCGCUUCUACCUUGAGGAUCCAACAGGCCAUUUGGAAGUGGACCUCUCACAAGUCACCUAUCAUCGAGGUUUCAUCACUGAAGGUAGUUAUGUUCUCGUCGAAGGAUGUUAUGAAGAUCUGAAGUUUCACGCAACUGGUGUUGCUUUGCCUCCUCCGGAACCAUCCUUUGAGAGUCGAGUUUUAUUCAACAAUGUUAACACAUUCGGUGGACCCCUAGAAAAAGACAUUCACAACUGUGCCAGGUUGCUUAAAAUAGAAAAAGAAAACGAGCAUUCAAUGAUAAUUUUUCUCUCCGAUGUAUGGCUGGACAAACCAGAGGUACUUGAAAAACUACAAAUGGUUCUAGGAGGUUACAAUGAUUUCCCCCCUGUAGCAAUCGUUUUAAUUGGUAAUUUUGUCUCAAAGGCAACAAAAUAUCUUUGUGCCAAAACGCUGAGAGCAAAAUUCAAGGAGCUAGGAGAACUAAUAGUCAAAUUUCCAAAUUUAACGGCCAAAACGAAGUUCAUCAUUGUCCCUGGACCCGGUGAUUCUCCGCAUGCAAAUAUUCUACCUAGGCCACCAUUACCAAAUUAUGUCACAGAAGAAUUAACAAAAUUAGUGAAGAAUUGUGUUUCCACCAGCAAUCCUGCACGGAUACAGUAUUGUGCCCAAGAAAUUGUGAUUACUAGAGAAAAUCUUUUCAGUAAAAUAGCCCGAGCCAGUAUGAACAUCCCUCCCAAAGAUGUACACAACCAUUUUGUACUGACCAUAUUAUCUCAAGCUCAUCUCUCGCCUGUUCCGCUAUAUAAUUCUCCGAUUUACUGGGAUUGGGAUGCAGCUCUCAGAAUAUAUCCUUUACCUGACGUUUUGGUUUUGGCUGAUUCAAUAGACUCUUUUUCGUUGAAACAAAGCGGUGUUACUGUCUUCAACCCUGGUUCAUUUUCAGCUAGUAAUUAUGAAUUCAAAGCCUACAUUCCAGCAUCAAGGACUGUAGAGGAAUGUGGAGUAGGAGAUGAUCAGUAGAGAAAAUUACUGGAGCCAAUAUAAACUCAAAAGUAAGACACCGUACUUUUCCUCAUUCAGUAACUAUUUCAGAUAUUUGUAUUUAGACAUUUCUUUUUCAAAUCUAAUUUAGAAUAUCCGUCAAAAAUGAGUCCAGAAUCUGAGUUCAUUUUCACGCCAGGAGACGGGGUAGUUUUACAUUUUAGUCGGAGGGUUUGGCGUCCUGGUUUUUUGCAUAAAAACUUCAAUGAGCUUUCUCUGACAACUAGAAUUAUUGAACAAGUAGCUUAAAUUGUCAUAUGUUUGGACAGACAUAUUGUGUAAAACUUUGGUUAUUAGUCAUCAUUCAGUGAAAUAGAGGAUUUAAAGCCAAAAAAAUUUUUAUGCCAUGGGUCCAUUGCGCUGGUCACAGAUGCUUUAUGCUUGAUUCUUGUAGGUUAGCUGUAAAUAAUUAGAUCUGUCUGAGAAGCAACUUUCUACGUUCAAUAUUAGUCGAGAUUUCGCCCCUUCAAAAAUUGGGUUUUUGACAUCAUCCACCGCGAUAAUUACACCCUUUGUUUCUUCCAUCUUGCUUUCAUCCGAGUUUCCCAUUAAUUAACCAGUGAUAAUGUGUGAAUCACUAACUGAUGAAAGCAAGGUGGAAGAAACCAAGGGUGUAAAUCGAAUUUUUCAAAGCGCAAUAUCUCGGUUAGUAUUGAACAUAGAAAGUUGCUGUUUGAACAGAUCUUACUUUUUUUAGCUGAUCUAGAAGAAUCAAGAAUCAAAGCACGAUUCGGUGACCUGUACAACUGACCCAUUGGGAUGACACCAGUAAUUUGUGUUGGUUAAAUAUUGUCUCCGGUCUGAGUUUUAAGUUUACAGACAGGGAUAUGUCUGAACACUGUAAUAAAAGGGAAAUAUAGAGAAAGAAUAAAACAUCUAAGCCUAAAA